AUGUCAAGUGUUAUGAAGCGAAGCAUGGAUCGCGAAGGGUCUCCUGUAAGUAAAAGGUCGAGAUCUGCCUACCUACCAGAUCAUGAUGUAAUGAGAGCUCGUAUGAGCCCGACUGAUUUUGAGAGACGCGACAGCCACAGAGGUGGAAAAUAUGAACCCCGGGAUCAUCACGCGUCGUUACCUCCCCCUCCUCCUCCAGCGUACGUCCCUGGAUAUCGAAGUGAGUUUCUUGUUCAUGACGGCCCACCACCACUGCCACCACCUCCUCCAAGGCCCUAUGAUGCUCGCGGGCCACCUCCACCCGGUCCAUAUCCACCGCCACCAAGAUGGCCACCUGAGAAUGACUACAGAUCUCUCUACAUCAUGCUUCGGGAAACGUUGAUAGACAGUUAUAAAAGAUUCGGGGAAAUGAAUGUGAAAAUAACCAAUUCGAAUGAUCAGAGAGUUGCUUAUCUGAAUUUUCGUUAUCCUGAAGAUGCAAGAGAAGCUUUAGCGAAAGGUGUCAAAUUUAUGUUUGAUCGCGAGUUAAAAAUAAACCCAGUGUUUAAUAAACGACGCAAUAAUCUCAGCCCAAGUCGCAGUGUUCCAGCAAGUGGGGUAAGCAGACCUCCACCAGAACCAUUCUAUCACAGCAGGCACUCACCGCCACCCUACGAUAGACGAUAUCCUCCUCCGAAUGGGUCACAGUAUGCGGUAAAAGAUGAGUACAGACCUGAUCCAUCAUUACCAGGUGCCCUCCAUCAUGAUUUAGACAAGAAAAAUGAGAAAUUUCCAUAUCACCUUGACCACGUUGAUCCAGAAUAUGAUGAGAAGGCAACGAGAACUUUGUUUGUUGGGAAUCUCGAUGUUAACAUGUCAGAUUUUGAUUUACGAAAUAUUUUCGGGCGGUUUGGACUUGUUGAAGACGUUGACAUUAAACGCCCUGUGCGUAAUAAUGGUAAUGCCUAUGCAUUUGUUAAGUACAUUAACCUGGAUUGUGCUCAUCGGGCAAAAUGCAAAAUUGGUUAUGGCAAGGUGACACCAACAACGGUCAUAUGGGUUGGGGGAAUUGGACCAUGGGUGACCGUGGAAACUCUUGAACGUGAGUUUGAUAGAUUUGGUGCAAUCCAGCAUAUUGAAUGGCCAAGAAACAAAAAUUUUGCAUAUGUUAUUUAUGACAGUAUUGAUGCAGCUCAGGCGGCCUGUCAGCAGAUGAGAGGAUUCCCUCUUGGUGGCCCUGACAAACGGCUGAGACUUGAUUUCGGAGAGAAAGAUCACAUCACUCGCAGCCAUAGUCUGCCUGAUUACCUGUAUCCUCUACCAAAAGAUCAUGUAUAUAGUGCACCUGAAAGACCUCCUGAGCCAUGGAGGGACAUUCCACGACUACCUGAUGCAGCAGACUGGCAGAGAGAUUAUAGAGCCCCUCUUCCUGAAGCAUACCGUGAUGGAGGACGAAGAACUGAGGAGUACGCUUAUGAUCGUAGUGGGGAAAGACGUAAAGAACAAACUCCAGAUUACUCUAAGCCUUCAUAUGUUAGUCAGCGAUCCCCGGAGAGAGGAAGAGAUUAUAGAAAUGAGAGAGGACAGUCUAGAGAGUUUAGGGAUGAUAGAGGCCAGUCUCGAGAUGAAGAUAGGCAUACUGAAAGGAGAGACUAUCGGGCUCCUAGUCCACGUGAAGAUUAUAUCAACAACCACUGUCGUACUUUAGCAGACUUAUCAAAAGUGCUGCCUGUUGCCUGGAAUGGUGCCCUUACCUUGAAAAGCUCAGCUUUUGCGACUAGCAUGCAUGUUGUCAGUGGCGAUGUCAGACUAGUAGAUACACUCAUGCGAGAUCCUACUUCAACAGAAUCUCCUGUUCUGAAGAUAACCCAGCGCCUUCGCCUUGAUCAGCCAAAAUUAGAUGAUGUUAGUAGGCGUGUUGAAGCAGCUGGUCCUCGUGGUCACUGCAUCCUUUUAGCAAUGCCAAGCUCCCUUCCGAAUUUUGAAGAAAGCACGAUUCAGCAGCGGCCACUGAAAAAUCUGGUCACGUACCUCAAGCAGAAAGAGGCAGCAGGAGUAAUCUCUCUCCCUCCUGUUUCUAUCACUGGAAAGAAGGAUAUUGGUGUUCUUCAUGCAUUUCCACCAUGCGAUUUUGGCUUUAAUUUCCUGAAAAAUCGGGCUUCAAAGCUGUCAUCAGAAUCAACAAAGGAGGAUCAUCUGGUUAUUGUGGUGAUUAACGGGGCAUCCUAA